GGAUUAUUCUCCAAGAUCUGAAACAUUGCGAAAAGCAUACACGCUUUGUGACGAAGGAUAGGAGACCACGUCACAUCAGCUGUGUGUGCAUCUGUUUCUAUUUCUUUUAUCGUGUUUACCCGAAUGUCUACAACAGGUGUUGUGUGACGCAAACAUGGCCCAAUGAAACGUUACGUUUACUUCUAUUGCCCAUCAUUCAGUUCCGUAUGGCCAAAGUGGAUCUAAUUCUCUUGGUUAUCAUCAUGCCGAGUUUUUUACGGACGUUAAUUCUUUUUAUUCUAUUCGUUGGGUUCGCGUCCAUCGAUGGUCACAGCUACGACGAAGCCCGUUCAGUCUCACUGAUUAACCGAAUUGACCGUUACCAUCGUAGUAUAGGGAACGAGCUUCCCAAUGACCAGAAUCGCCUGGACGAUCACGGACACAUCGGUAACGACGGUGAGGAUUUCACUGCCAAUGCUCCUUUUACCAAUGAAUGGGUAGUUGAAAUCCAAGGAGGCGCAGAAGCAGCGGCAAGACUCGCAGAAGAAAUGGGUUUCGAAAUACAUGGCGAGGUGCCGAAUUUUCGUGAUUUCUACCGGCUACACAAAUCGGAUCACCCAAGACGACAACGAGCUCACGCGUCUCAUUUGUCCCGCCAACUUACGGAUGACGUUCGCGUCUUGUGGGCCGAGCAGCAAUUCGCAAAGAGAAGACAAAAACGUGGUUACCUUCCUGACUAUCCUCCUUUCGAAACUGAAGAAUCCACGACAUCCGAAGAUCAUCGUCCGCUUAUUCGUGUCAAACGAGAAUCCUCCGAAAGUGAUGAUGUACCAUUAAUCCGCAAAAAGCGUUCUGAUAUGGAAAUGCCAGCAAAAUCACGUCGUCUUUUUAAUGACGAACUAUGGGAUCAUCAAUGGUACAUGCACGAUACGAGAACUAAAGCUGCACUACCUCGAUUAGACCUGAAUGUUCUGCCCGUCUACAAUAUGGGUUACACUGGCCGCGGAGUCACCGUCCUCGUCCUAGACGAUGGUAUAGAAAGCAGCCACACUGACAUUCGCAAUAAUUACAAUGCUAAAAUCAGCUACGAUAUGAACGAUGAUGAUCCAGAUCCUACACCACGCUAUGGGAAAGGUGCAGUUAACAGUCACGGAACGAGAUGCGCCGGUGAAAUCGCCAUGGAGGCCAAUAACAAAAAAUGUGGCGUCGGAGUGGCUUUUAACGUCAGCGUCGGUGGUGUUCGCAUGUUGGAUGGCGCUGUCAGCGAUCGAGUAGAAGCCUCUUCUCUUUUGUACGCUCUCGAAAUGGUUGACAUUUACAGCGCAUCAUGGGGACCAAGUGAUGAUGGUAAAACCGUUGAAGGUCCAGGCCGCCUUGUCCGUCAAGCUUUACUUCGAGGAGUAACGGAGGGGAGAAAGGGCAAAGGAGCAAUUUAUAUUUGGGCUGCUGGAAACGGUGGCCGAGUGCAAGAUAAUUGCAAUUGCGACGGCUAUGUUUCUUCCAUCUACACUUUGUCGAUUGGGAGUGUUUCAGAACAAGGUGAUUUCCCCUGGUACGGAGAACAAUGCGCAUCGACAAUGGCAGUCACCUACUCCAGCGGUGCCUACACCGACCAGAAAAUAGCUACCAUCGAUCUGAACGACACGUGUACCAUGGAUCACACCGGGACAUCGGCUGCCGCCCCACUAGCGUCCGGAAUCGUAGCUUUAGCGUUGGAGGCCAACCCCAAUUUGACUUGGAGAGAUGUCCAGCAUUUGGUAGCGUGGACCAGCGAGUACAAACCACUGGAGGAUAAUAUUGAAUGGCAAGAAAAUGCUGCUGGUAUGCGUUUCAAUUCGCGAUUCGGGUUUGGAAUGAUGAACGCAGCAAAAUACGUUCUGGCUGCAAUCAAUUGGACUAUUGUUCCAGCCAAAGCAAUUUGCACCACGCCUUCUGAUAGCAAUUUACCUGUGCUGUUUACCAACCGAGAAUGGGGGACUGUCACAUUUGCGAGCGACGGAUGUGCUGGCACUCUGAAUGAGGUCAACUUCUUGGAACAUGUGGAAGUAAUCGUCAACAUUGAAUAUCCAGUACGAGGUCAACUUGAAAUCGAUUUGAUCUCACCUUCAGGCACUCGCACGCAAGUGUUAAAGCCUCGUUCCAAGGAUCAAUCAAAACUUGGCUUCGUGAAUUGGCCGUUUAUGUCGGUGCACACGUGGGGAGAGAACGCGAAAGGUCAAUGGAAAUUAAUCGCAACUGAUGUGUCGAGCCAAAAGCCGAGCCUUUUGUCCGGACGCAUCGUUAACGCCGCGUUAGUCCUGCACGGCACUUCCGCCAUGCCCGACUACCGGAAGAACGGCGCUAGGAUUUAUGACGACGCAUUCAGCCAGCUUUCUUCUCGCUAGCACGAGGCAGCAAUAAAUAACAAAAUAGAUGACGACGACCAUAGGCUCGACAUCAGCCAACUGCGUUCCGAAAAUCCUAACCUUUCGUGGAAAGAUUUGAUUGGAGUGAAACUCGCUCGUCAUUCAUCAGCUGACGACAAUUAAUGAUUUACACAAGCGUAUGCAAUUUUUUUCAUUUCAAAUUUGUAUUGGUUUCCCUUUCUGUUCUAAUCAUCGUGGCAAACAUUAGCUUUCAACCAGAGUGGGGCGUGGACGACGUUGGACUGGCCCAGUUUUGAACCAUUAAUUUUUGUUACAGGUUCCCAAACAAUGAAUAAAUAGGAGUUUACGUACAUCGAAUCACGUUAAAAAAAAAAUCUAACAGAAACAACAAAAAAAAGAGAGAUUUAUGAGAAC